GGUGCUGUGAUGUCGAAACGAAUAUACAUCCUAACUGCGUAAGUGCUUCUCAGAGUGGAUUCUAAUGAGGCUGUAAAUAAUAACUAAAUAAAUAGAAACACCGCGCUCCAGGAACUCUGCCGAUUGAGUCAUCGCCACAAUAAGGUACAGGCCCCGUGAUCUGGGAUUAAUUCAUAAUAUCUCCCAUUUUUGGCUUCAAAUAUUCACUGUGUGAUUUACUCUACUGUCUGGAACGGUAAAGGCUAUCCAAGGUUACCAUUGUCGCAUGCAAUUUUAUUGUUCCUGUUUCUCGUUCGCGCCCAGACAUUUUAAUGUGAUGCACUCUUACGUAGGCCUCGUUCGUCAUCUACUUAAGUCAUACGACAGUGGUCCGACAGGGGUAUAAAAAGUUUAAAAAUAAUAUUGUUAAGAGCAGCGAGCGAGCACACCCACUCUUGGUACAUUAUCCUUACCCAAUACUGACCAUACGAAAAAACAACAACAAACAUUUAACCUGAAAAUCGAAAAGGUGUUAAUAAGAGAUUAUAAACUGCUCUUGGUGUUGUACAUUACACGUGAUUACGAUGUUUGUCACACAAUGAGAAAAAGUAACCGUCCGUUUAAAGGUCACAACAUCUCUAGAAAGUUAAAUACUUUCCCUACGGCUACUUCCACUAGGGAAAGUCCCUUUUCAUCAAUGACAAACGUCGUAAUGUUAUCGGAAUUUGAAGAAUAUUACAGAUCGACGCCUUGAUACUUUUAAGGAACAAGGUUAUUUUGUACUGCGCAUCGACAAACUGAAUCAUUCUCGAAGAAUUUUGACAACAAUGAGAUUCCUCCAGUUCUCCUGGAGCAAACAAAAAGCUGAAGAAAUUUUGAAAAGCUCGCAGUAGGAAAACAUCUGAUAAUAAAUUACACUUUGUCAGCGCAUGCCAUAACCUAGAGUAUCCCACUCCAGUAUUACAUGGAUACUAAUAGGAGAGUAUCAAACUCUAAAUCAAAGUUUUACCCUUGUACCUUAAUGAGUUUGACAUAUUGGACAUUUCGGAGAAGUUGAAACAACUAUUUAUGGGUAUGGGCACGUUUACUCUCUCAGAACAUUAAUGACUCUGAAACCGCAAGGAUGACCUUUCAGUUCACUUGACUUCCUUUUGUUAGGCUGAUCUGCCUUUGAAAUUCGACGCGCCUCAUGUAGAAUAUUAAAAUUCCUUCUUUGUGAGCAGAAGAAAAAGUUACAAUGGACUCCGUCAGUAGAGGUACUCCUGUCGAUCUAUCCACGUAUCUUCAUUGGUAUGGCUCAACUCUCCCCAAGACAGUCAAGAUCGCGGAGGGCUUUUAUGGAAACAACAAUGAAGAUACUUUAGAGCCAGACCAGAUAAUUGUUAUUUACAAGAUUGAGAAGCAGAAAAUGCUGCUAGGCCUUGAUAACUACAAACGAGAGGUCUGCGUACCACGGAAUGCGAAAAACAAAGUUUUGCUUCUUCCACCUGGGAGUGAAGAAGAAUACAACUCAAUACAAGAAUUAUUCGACGUUCAUCAGAAGCCGUAUUUCCGCGUUUUGGAAGACAUUCCAUCGCACGAAAUAUCUUCAGAAACAACGCUGAUACUGUUAGGCGGCCGACCCGUUCGUAACAACUUCGUUAAAUGUGAACUGAUUGGUUUGCAUGACUCCAAAGAGAUCCUCCUACCAAUUCAACUACGAGGUAAAUUUCAGCCGCUCCUGGAUCCGAGGGAGUAUUAUCUAGAGGAGGUACUAGAGCAGUUUCAAGUUCCUGUAAACAUUCGAUUUGUUAAUCAGUCACAAGCGAAUACUUACCCUGGCGCUGGACUCUGGUCGAAUUCGGGGAAUAUGUGUCUAACCAAUGAAACUGAAAUAGAAAUGGUGUUUGCAGCUUUGCUUGAUGACCAAUUUCCCCUGUACGUUUUCCCAAGAACACUAGAUAUUUACGUUAGUUGUGGGUUCAGAUUCACAGCGAACACGAGUGCAAAGAUAAAAGAAUGCAAACAGUGUCUUGGAGCGAGCGAAAACUCAUUAAAACGACUCGACAGAAUAAUUGCUAAUUCUGGCUUUUUAAGCGCCUUCCCCGUUAGGCGCUUUGACUUUGAGUCGCUCCAACCCCCGUCAGUAGAACUGAUUCCAAAGAAGACAAAAACAACCAGCGUAAAACUUGAAGAGACAACCAUAACGAAAGAACCAGAAACAGAGCGUGACCGUUCACAGUCAGAGUGCAUCUCAGAAUCUUCUUCUCAAGACGAAGGCGACUAUGAAGACAUUGACAUUGAAUGGAAUGCUGUUAAGAGUGUAGAUUCAGCAGAUGAGCCUCCACCUCUUCCUCCAAAGACACUCCGUCAAGCAAAACCACCAUUGAUAGACUCAGACGUCACGCUUAUGCAAAGACUUCCAACGAAGAGAAAACCGGUUGCCAAACCAAGGAAGCGUGUAAAUGCCGGAAAGUUACAGUUUCACGGUGAUUCCAACGACGAACCUGUGUCUCUGACAUCACAAACACAAGACUCAUGCUCAAGUCUUGAUUUGACUGGGAGGUCUUUACCAUCGCAGUCUAGCAGUUACGCUGGAAUUGAUCACGAUGAAAUCUGUCCCGAUUUGCCGCCACCAAGGCCCCACUUUCAGAAGGAUUUAAAGACAAGUGAAGAAGCAAAUGCUGUUUCAGGUGACUCCGAGGACGAACCUGUGUCGCCGACAUCACAAACACAAGACUCAAGCUCAGGUCUUGAUUUGACCGCGGAGUCUGAACCAUCGCAGUCCAACGGUUCCGCUGGAAAUGAUGACGACGAAGUCUGCCCGGAAUUGCCACCAAGGCCCCAUUUUCUGAGAGCUUUAAAUACAGGUGAAGAAGAAAAUUCUGCUUCGGGCGAAGGUCCACCACCUCUACCUCCAAGACCGGUCAAUUCAGCAUCUGCUGAAGGUUUGGCAUACUUAGUGGUUGACGUCACUGACUGGCAAGCAAUUGAAGAGAGAGCUCUGUACACCGAUCCCAUAAAUGAUGGGAAACGUUUUGUACAAGGUGGUAUUUGUCAACUCAACGACGACAAGAACGCUUAUGUUGAUAUGAAAAGCAAGGAUUUAGAAUUGAGUGGAGAGUUCCAAAAGGAGGCUUCUUCUGAUUCAGAUCAGGAUGGAACGGACAUUUAUGAAGAAGUACAAAGACAUGCUGAGUGGACAUCAGUUGAAGAAAAAGCCACAAAAAUAAUGGAGGACUAUGCUGUGUACACGGAUGCAAGGGAUGAUGGACAGGUCUUCAGACUCAAUGGUGCGGAACAUUUGAAUUGUCCACUAGAUGACGAGCCAACGUAUAUUGAUAUGACAGGGGACAAAAAAAAGCUGGAUGACCUGAAAAUACACCACGAGGUGGUGGAUUGCACUGAUUCUAAUGCAACGUGCCCUUUAAACGACGGCGAUAAUGCUAAACUCAGAGAUGAUGGUGGAGGAAAUGAAGCCAAGGCUGCAACAAGUUUCGAGAAUGAGAGUGAGGUAAAAGAGGCAUGUAACCAGGACACAGAAGGGCCCCACGGAACUUUACCAAAGAAGAAAACGGAAGCAAUUAAGAAGGCAACAAAUAUUUCUGGUACACAACAAAGACGUGUUGUCACCAAAACACGUAAUACGGCUACUAAUCAGAAGGAUGAGGAGACCAUCAUCAUUUCCUCUCCAAGAGAAGAUGAUUUCGUGGAUUUCAAGGAUAUCCAACAGCAUUUCAAGCUCAUGAAUGAGCUACGUAAAGUUCAUGCGAGGGUAGCCGAUUUAGAAAAACAAGUCGCGACGAAAGACGAAUUAGGGCAAAUGAAAACCCGCAAGCAGCAAUUACCUGCUGGUAAGGCCUUACAACUUGGACUUGAUGAAGAUUCGAAAGAAGCGAAGAGCACCGCCCAGGAUAAAAUGCACAAUGACCUCGAUUCAUCCACACCAUUUUGUGAACAUUCGCAGAGAAAAGUCAAAUUAGACAAACAAGACAAUUCUAUAGGGAAAACACAGCCUAAACAAGCAAGACUGCCCUCACCCCCACCCAAGAACGUUGGUACUUUGAAGGCGAAGCUUGAAAGGGAAGGCUGUCCCAAUGAUCUCCAUAGGCAGGGAGAAAUGGUCCGAUUCCACACUCAAGACUCUGACGACAACGAAGACCAGACCUACCAAGAUAUGAGCAUAGAGGUCUGCAGAGUGAGUUUGCCUUCAAAACCGCUUCAGAACAUGGGUUGUAGGAAUUCAAAGCGUGAUCAAGACGAUUGUUUCAAUACUGUCCCAAAACAAGUCCAAGACAAAUUCUAUAAUUCAAAUUCGGACGAUGACGACGAUUACGAAGAAUGUUCCGACAGACAUUAUAUCAAUCAAGAACCAAAAAUGUCACUCAAAAACUUUCAUGAAGACGAAUUUGCGUACUGUGAUAUGGAUGACGACCCCUAUCAGUAUGUGGAAGUGAAUCGUGUCAGUGAGAAAGACGAUGGAGACAGACUUGGUGCAAUCUUCUCCAACUUUGUAGAGGUGACAAAAGGCGAACGAGUAUCGCGUUAUCUGCAGCUUGACAACCCGAGCGAAGAGGAAGACUCUGUUUAUGUCAAUGUAGAAGAUGAAGUAAGUGAUUUAGAAAACCUCAAAGAGAAUGUGCUCCAAAUAAUGAAAAAAAGACAUAAAGGAAAAACCACUGGCGAGCAAGAAAGCUGUAACUUGCAUGAACUACCUGUACCUGAAAUCACUAGCGAGUGAAAUCUUCUCCCUUGGUAACCAUUUCUUGGAGUAUGCAGAGCAGGCUACGUAACUCUUUGACAUUUGAUUAGUGAAUGAGAAGAUAUUGAGUAAAUACUCUCAAAUCAGUUGUCAUGAUGUGACCGAGGUGGAGUGUUUGGAAGUAUACGAACAAUCAUUUCAGGAUAUUACGAACUUUUUAUAAACACAUUUAGUUUUCGAUCGGUAUUCAUAGGGUUUGCUACGUUUGAAUUUAACCCAUUAUUUUGUUGUUGUAAAUAUCACUGAACUGUUUUCUUUUCGAUUUCAUAAACAAUAUAAGUGUUAUUGACCAAGUGUGAGUCCGAGAUGGCUGGAUAUUGGACGAGUUCUAUUUAUGCGUUUUUUAAGGACCGAGACGAAAUCGAGGUCCAUAAUAGCACAAAAAAAGUAGGAGGCUAAUUUCCAGCCAUUUUGACCGACCAACAUUGUUUAAUGAAAGGAUUUAUCACAUCGCACAAAUAUGCGAUGUUUUGAGAAUCAAGAAUGACUUGUUUAUUUCGAGAGCCGGGAAAGAAAUCAAACUAGCACAAUUAACUCAUGAGAGUCGUUUAGUAUUUUCUUUGUUUUGACUGUCUGCUGCCACUUUCUUCGAUUCCAUCGCCGACAUUAUCAAAAAGAGAAAGUUCUCCCGAAGCGCGAACACCGAUGGUAUCGCGAAACAAUUACAGGUUUUGUCGAUUUCUCUCGAAGUCACUUUUUAUGAUUAAAAAACUAUUUCUAGAUGA